GUGACAGAGGAGAGUCAAAUCAAAAUGGCCGCCACUGGAGACGACGCUGCAGCCAUGGACAGCAUCUCCAGAGCUCCGGCGGCUCUGAACCCGGCCCUGAACCCGACUGGAGGCCCCGGUGGGCAGGGAGCAGGACCGGUGGAGGGAUCGGGUAGCCCGGCGGCGGCUCCGAGAAAGACCACCACGAACAGUGAUGCAGGUGUGGAAACAGCAGAGGAGGCUGUGGAGCCUGCAGACCCUGACAUCAACGAGCUGUGCACAGACAUGUUUGAAAAGAUGGCCGUGUUCCUGCAGGGAGAGCUCACAGGUACGUGUGAGGAUUACUGUCUGUUGGAAAACAUGAACAAGCUGACGAGUCUGAAGUAUAUGGAGAUGAAGGACAUCAGCAUCAACAUCAGCAGGAACCUGCAGGACCUGAACAACAAAUAUGCAUGUCUGCAGCCAUACCUGGACCAGAUCAAUCAGAUUGAGGAGCAGGUGUCUUCACUUGAACAAGCUGCUUACAAACUGGACGCCUACUCCAAGAAACUGGAGGCCAGGUUCAAAAAACUGGAGAAGCGAUGAUGACGAUGUUGAUGAUGAUGAUGAAGAGGACGAGGAGGUUGAAGAUGAUGAUGAGGAGUCAGCCAGAGUUGUGGUGCCUUCUGAUCUUCUUUAACCCGGCUCUGUAAGACGAGUCGCAGCUGAGAAGAGGAAGUGAACUGAGACCGAAACAACCUAUAAUCAGAAACACUGAAAGACUCAGACGACUCGAGGACGACACACUGAGGGAACAAGAACUCACCUUCAGCGUUUUUUACUUUUCAGUUUGUUGAUGUAACUGUCCACUCUGUUAAAUUUGUGUUUUCCGUAAAUAUAAAUAUUUAUUAGUCUGA